AUGGCGUAUAGCUGUGAUUCAAUUGUCGACGUGGUCGCGCCUCGAGACCUCAAGACUGAAGACAUCGACGAUAUGAGACCUCACGGGCAACACAUAUCCGAUCGUUUGACAGUCGAGGUCGACUGCCACUCUCUGGGACCUAAUGAUUGUCCCUCGAUGACUUCGAGUUUCUCUCCCUUGGAAUCUCCUACUCCCACUCCUACUAGUCUCUAUAGUCAGCACUCGCUCGCUUCUCCAGUUUGGCAUGAUGCUGGACACUAUCAUACUCUUCCUAUGGAGCGUCGCACUUCCGCUACACCUCUUCGAAGCGCAUUUCGAAUGGGCGAUUUGAGUCCAGCCGAUACAAUGGGCAUGCCCUGUGGCUCAAUGGAUCGCCAAGAUCAAAUCCCUUUUACUGAAUAUCUCCCUGCGUACGACGAAAAUGUCGACCAGUUCUGGAUCCAACAGGACGUGAAGGCCAUGGAUCACCAAAGUUUCCCGUAUCAGGCGCAAAUGCCGCAGUACAAUCAAAUGGCUCGAGGCUACUAUCGUCCUCAGCAGACUUAUCUGCCAGAAUCAGCAUCAAAUCCAUGCUUAUCCCGUCCUAUUUUUAACCAACCUGAACGCAUGCCAAAUUCCGUUUCCAUGUCUAAUAUGCUCCCAUGGAUCCCAGCGAACGAGCCUAUGGCUCCUGAAACAAUCGCUCCAGCGCAAGCCUUUCCUGGACAGGGCCCUGUGACUCCACCAUCCUCUUCUUACUCCGAAUUCCCUACCAACAUGCACUCGUUCAAGAACCACACUCCUUCAACUCCCGUGCGAUCUGUCUCAUUGGGUACACCCUCAGCUUCUGGUACCCCAGUCAGUCACAUGUCUGGCCAUGGCGAAUAUCUGGAGGAUUUCCCUGUAUCCCCUGGUUUCCGAGAUGGUAUGAUGCGCCCUCAUCGCCAGGUCUCCCGCAAGUCCUCGAAAAAGCAGUUGCUCAGAUCAAACUUGACCCUAGAAAAUCUUCCUCGAAUCAUUGAGACCGUCCAAUUCAAGUGCAAAGAACCUGGUUGCAAGGGUCGAUUCAAGCGCCAAGAACAUUUGAAGCGCCACAUGAAAAGCCACUCGAAGGAAAAGCCCCAUGUUUGCUGGGUUCCUGGAUGUCAUCGCGCAUUCUCGCGCAGUGAUAACCUCAAUGCGCACUAUACCAAGACCCACAGUAAGCGCGGCGGUCGUAAUCGCUACGUUGCCACUUUGGACGACACCAGCCCCGACUAUGACCCCGAAUUCCGUGGCCAGCUUACGGCCGAUGGAAGACCUCUUUACGGAACUAAACUGGAGGAUACCAUGGUUGACUGUGGUGAUCUGAGUGUUGAUGGCUGGGAUGACUAG